AAAAACAAUUUAAAAAUAUUUAAAAAUUUAAAAAGAAAAAUUAUAAAAAAAAAUUGUAAAUAUUAAUCCCCUUAUCACUUUGAUGAAUUGAAAAGGAGGUCUAAAAAUGGCUCGAAUUCGUUUUUUUUUUUGGGACAAUAAAGAUAUUAUAAACUGAAGAAAUCUUCCAAGUGAAAAGAAAAAUUGCUUCAUCUCUACCUAAAAUUAAGGAACCAAAGGUACCAUCAAAAUCUAUCACCCUGAAAUGUGUUCAUGACAGUGUAUCCAACUUACAGCAGCCUAAAUGGCAGGUGUCAGCUUUAUGCCAUGCAGAAAGACUCAUUCACCCUCCUUCUCGUCACCCCUCUCUCUCUCUCUCUAAGGAAGCCGAGCUUCCCCUGACUGUUCCUCCCUCUCUCUGGUCUCGGAGUCCACGGUUGGGCUGUAGAGCUGUACAGCGAGCUGCAGCAAGCAAAUGGAGAUGAGUUCAAGCUCUGUUGGCGGUUCGGCAGCCCGCGGCUCCAAUAACUCCCUCCAUGGCCUUACGUUCGGCAAGAAGAUUUAUUUUGAGGAUGGGGUUGGUGGUGGAGGUGAAGGUGGCAGCAGCAAGGCACCGCCGGCUCCGCCAACGGCAGCCCCGAAGAAGGGGAAGACAGUGCUUCAAAGAGGGCAGCAGCAGCCACCGCCCAGGUGCCAAGUGGAGGGGUGCGAAGCGGAUCUGACUAAGGUCAAGGCCUACUACUGUAGACACAAGGUCUGUGGAAUGCACUCCAAAUCCCCCAGGGUGAUGGUUGGGGGCAUGGAGCAGAGGUUCUGUCAGCAGUGCAGCAGGUUUCACCAGUUAGCUGAAUUUGACCAAGGGAAACGCAGUUGUCGUAGACGUCUGGCUGGGCAUAAUGAGCGUCGAAGGAAGCUGCCUCCUGGUUCUUUCGCAUCACGCCACGGCCUAUCCUUCCAUGGACCCGGUAGAUUCAGAAACUUUGUAAUGGACUUCAGCUGCCCAAAAAUUUCCAGUACUGCAAGAAAUGUUUGGCCGACUGCUAGGCCCGGCGAUCAGGUGGCUAGUAACCAAUGGCAUGGGUUCGUAGAUUCUUCGUCGGAUGCAGCUGCAGCUGCAGCGUGCAGUGCUCAUCGAUACUUGCAGGGUUCUCCAGGCCAGAUUCUCUACUCUUCCCCAGAACCUCCGCUGGGCGAGUGUCUCGGAGGAGCCUCGGAUGCUAGCUGUGCUCUCUCUCUUCUGUCAUCUGAGCCAUGGGGCAGCCGCACUACCAGAAGUAAAGUUCCACCAACUGUUUCGCCCAGCAGCGGCUUUAACUCCGCCUCCUCGGCUCACUCGAUCGUCUCCGCUAAUCACACAGCCGAGUCAUGGGGACUCAGAGAUCAUGGAAGCAGGAACAGCUCACAGGAACUCCGGCAUGAGGCAGGAACAGCAAGGGUCAAUUUGGCCGGUGGUGCACUUUUUUCCGGCCAGCUGGAGUUGGCUCUGCAGGGGAACGGGCAGUGCCUUGGCCAUGGCUCGGGCAGGGAAUACGAUCACUCAGACCAUGUGAUCCACUGGUCUCUCUAGCCUCUGUGAUCUCUCUUCUCCAAGAAUUUUGAGUGCAAUGUGUUGAAACAUCAGCAUCAGGCAUCACAUGGAGUUUCUGCAUUUCAAGUUUGUUUCCUCGAAGAUGUUGAUCACAUGCUAUCUAUUUUCUGUAGCUUUGGUGCUUCUCUUCAUGUGAGAGACUUGCUGUUUUGGUUUGCUUGAUGAUUCAUCAUCCCUUCAUCUCUUUUGUUCAA